AACAUGAUGUUGUUGGGGGAAGAGAAAUAACACUCAACACUAUAAUAUAACAAUGCACCAAUAGGCAGAAAAGAAAAUCGACAGCACAUUUUAUACACAUUCGUUAGGCUUAUAUACACUGUACAGAUUCUACUCCAAAAGACAAACAGUGAAACAUAACAGUAGACCAAGCCACCAAAGAUACACUUCCAAGAUGACAGCAUAUCCAAUUGUUGGAGAGGUUGCUGCCCUGGAGCCCCCAACCAUGUUCAGGGAUGUGCCCGAAAAGAACGUCACUUUCCUCAUCGACACGUCAGGCAGCAUGUACAUGUCACUGGAAGUGGUUAAGGACCAGCUGAUUGAGAAGUUAGUGAAACGAGCCCAUGAGAGGGAGGACACUAUGUUUAAUAUCAUAGAAUUCAACUCUGAGGUUACACAGUGGGCUGACAAGAUGGUGAAAUGCAGCCCACAGACUGUUAAAUUUGCAGCAGCAUGGAUAAAGAAACUUAGUGCCAAAACAGGGACGAACACUCAGGACGCCUUACUGACUGCUUUCAGUGAUCAAGGCUGUGAGGCAGUAUAUCUAGUUACAGAUGGUCUGCCUGAUCAGCACCCCAGUGACAUUCUUGACCAUGUUUCUUAUGCCAGUCAAAGCAGACCAGUACACUGCAUUUAUCUCAUGUACGGUAACGAGGCUGAUAGUGCUGCAACAGAAUUCCUGAAAGAUCUGUCUCGUGAGACGUAUGGUUCAUUCGAUAUAGUUACUAUAACACAACACGGGUGUGUGGAAAAAGUUACACACAUUUUUGAAUCAGAACGAGCCGCAGCUAGAAUUAUCAAAUCAACAGAGGGAGUUUUAUAUCCCAAUGAAAAAUUCUGUUCUCUGACCACGACACUGGCAGCACCCCCUUCCUCCACAGUGUACUUAUCUCCGGGGUUGCAGCCAAGUGUGGUUGUAGCAGGAGACACAGCCAUUGUGGAUCCUAUCCCUGCACCAAGGGUCGUUGUUACUAAAGAUGCUGUGUACCACAUCCCUCGCCCAAGAUACCAGAUGUGGUCCUGUUACAGACCCGCCCAUAGCUGGCUCAAGGAACAGAAGCAAUUACAAGAGUUAGAUCCAUCCAAUCCAGUGGCCCUGUCACCAGCAGCAGGUGCUUUGUUGAUAGGAAACAGAGUACUGGCCAGGAGAACAGAGGAUGGGCUGUAUUACAUGGGCACUGUCAAGAGUCAGGUUAUGGCAGACAAAUUCCUGGUAGAGUUUGGACCCUGCAAAAGAGGGAAAUUCAAAGAUACUGUUUACCAGGAAACUCACAUUUAUGAUAUCAUCUCAUAUGCUGAUGCACUGCGGCAUUCCAUUGUGACUGAAGAUCAUGUUCUAGCACCCUGGCAGCAUGAAGGAGAGAAAUUUGGCCCAGGAAUUGUAAUUGAUGGAUGUGAGAAAAGAUUUGCUGAGGGCACUGCAAAGGAUGAGUUGAUCACUGUGAAUUUCUUCAAUGGCAGAACGGAGCAAGUCCAUCCUGGCGUGGCAGUAUGGAUCCCUGAUGGCCUGUAUGAGAGAAUUAAGUUUGAACUUCAAAUGCCACCCAAAGCAAGAAAAACCCUCGAGGCCCAAGACAGGUAUCCCCUUGAUAACCUCCCGGGUUACCCCACAUCAGGACCAGAUGCAGAUCCUGAAGAGUAUGAGUUGCCAGCACCAGUGUAUGUAGAUAGGGUGCAUACCCCUGUCAUGAUUGACCGAGGCCUGUAUCACCACCCCUCUUAUGUCCCUAUCUACCCAGUACACCACAAACACAUGGAGAAACCUCCCAGCGCAGUAAAAAGUGAAGAGAUGAGUAAGCUAAUUCCUGGAACUGGGCUAACAAAAGAGCAGCUCAACCAGAAAGUAAUGUCACAGAUCAUGGAACACAAAAUGGACGAUGAGGAUGAGCGUCAGAUGAACAGGGAGCGCCGAAACCGACAGGCCGUAAAGAUCAGACAAGAAAGGGAGCGAUUGUUGAGAAGGAAGCAAAUGCAGAAAGAGGCCUCUCUGAGGAGGAGAUCUGUGUCAUUUGAGGACAUGGAUGAUGUGCCCAUGGACACAUUUCACAGGAGGAGGUCAGUGACAUUUGAAGAUGAAAGUGAUUGGGAAGAAGAGAUAGACCUUGACAGUGGUGUUGGAACUUGGACGGGAUCAGAUCCCGGUGGUUACACACGAAGGAGGCGAAGGUACAGUUUUGGAUCAGAUGAAGCCCUUUCUGACACUGAAGAUAAAGCGACACAAACCCGCAGAUCAAAGUCCCCAAAUUUUGGAACAAGGAAAACAAUCCCAGUGGAGAGCAGGCCACCAUGGAAGUAUUGGAACAAUGAACCAAGUCCUGCCUUGAUAGGCCCUCCCACCCCAGGGCCUUACAAUGAAAGUGCCACACCCCUUCCCUUGGAAUGCAGAGAGCCAACAAUUGGACCUAAUGGCUAUGUGGAGUGGUCAGAUACUAUGUAUAAACCCGUGAACCAUAGUGUCAAAUACGACAGAGACCUUUUCCAGGAGAGCACCAAACAGCCACAUCCUCCUAGUAAAGAAAAGACUCCUCACAAAGACCAUCAAGGGAGAGAUUUCAGAGCGAAGAGAAUCAUGGAUAAGAACCAUUCCUGGGAGAAAACUGCUCCCCACAGAAGCGGAAUGCAUCCUCCUUCCCACGACAGCUACAGACAAAAUCUAAAGGCACACAUGGAAAAUGAGAGGCACCGUCAGCGCCAGGCCCAAAUGCAAGUUGAGAGAACUAGAGAUGCCAAAAAGCAGAUUGGGGAUGAAAUUCGCAGGAAGAUGGAUGCCUGUGCAAUGAGAGAGUCCGAGGUGGAACAACGGAGGAUAGAAGCCAUGAGACAACGACAGAUGCAACGUGAAGCAGUUAUGCAGGAUCGAGAGCGUGCGAUGCAGCAAACACUAGAGCGAAGACAGGAAUUAAAAAAUCAACGAGCACAAGCUAGAUGGAAUGAAACGCAGCGCCGUCUACAAUAUGAAGAAUAUGCAGAUGCUGUUGCCUUACAAAGAAAACAAGCCCAGGAUGCUGCCAGGCGGCAGCGUGCGGCCAGACAGGAAGAACUAGGCCAGAAAAUGAGAGACUUGAAAGCAGGAAUCACAGAGCAAAAUCUGGCUCAUAUGAGAUCUUUAGUUAUCACUUAAAGGGAAAGAAAGGGGAUAAUAACAGAUGAUUAAAGUUGUAUUUUUAUAUUGAGUGUCAUAAACAUGAAUGCUUAAGGUACUUGAUUGAGAUGAACAUAGUGUCAACAUACUGUAGUGUCCAUCCUGUGUAUAGAAUGAAAAGGAGGAAACAGCUUUUAAUCAUAACGUUCUUUUAAAAAAUAAACAAAAAACAACACCAUUUUAUGCUUUUAAAAAUACCAGUAGUUUCAUUUUUAAAGGGUAAAUGUAAUGAUACUUUCUAUUGUAAUGUAAAUGAAAGCCAUCUGUCAUUAUGAAAUUGUACAUAUUACAUUAAGUAUGCUUCAGCAAUCUAUGAAUAUGCUGUAGUUAUUUUUGGCUGAUUGACUUUUAUUGCUGGGGGGGGGGCAGAAGCUUUAAGUUGUUUUCUAUGUAAAUUUGACAAUCAAUGUAACAUUGUUGCAUAAGAAUACUUUUGCAGCAUGCUGAAGCUGUGCUAAAGUUGCGCAACUUAUUUUCUAGUCAGUGAAUACUUAGUGGAGCUCAAGAACAGUAUGCCAUAUAAUCAAAAAUAGCUGAAAAGACGCAUGAACCUGAAAUUGAUCAUAAUCAUCAUACGCAUAAAGAUAAAUUAAUGAAGGAUAGUAAUUGUGGUAUGGUGCAUAUUAUCUCUAGAAGCAAUGGCAUUUUUGCAAACAGGUAAAUACCCCAGUAUAUAUAUGAGAAGUAUUAUACCUGCUUAAGUGUUAAAUAUGUACCUAAAUAAUAUAUUUUUUAUUAUGAUUUAUUCACAUUUAGAACUACCCACCUGUUAUGAUUUUUUAAAUACAAAAAGGAAAUAUUGGUAUGAUCCCACCUGCUUGAAAUGACCAGAUCUGUAACACACUGAACGUAAAGAUGUUCAGUUUGUUUGUUUUAGGGCAAUUUUUAUAAUACAUAUCAGAUGAUAAUUUUUCUUUUUAAAUUUUUUUUUCUGAAUUAAGUCUGUGAUUUUUUUUGCAAGUUUCACCAGCUUAAAUUUGCUUUUUCAAAACAUGCUUUGUACUGGUGGAUAAAUAUCAGCAUUUCAUAAGUGUAAAGAAAAAAGUAAAAAAUUUCUAGAACAACAUUUAAACGAUCUGAUUCAUUUUCACAAGACACAUGUAUGUGCAAUUUUCACAUUCUUUAUACUUUUUAAUAGAAUGUUAUAUUCACAAGUUUGUAAUAAAUCAAAUUACAAAAUCCAUAA